UACUCAGCUGGAGUGGAGAUUACCUCUAAUUCCUACACUUGUUCCAAAGAUACAGAGAGGCUUUCACUGGAGAUAGUUCUUAGAGAUGCAUCUGCUAGCUAUCUUCGUGUGUCUGGCGGUGAUGUUGCACCAAUCUGUUGGACAGAGACCUGCUUUGGGUUUUACUGCUUUGUCUCGUUCUACUGCGGAUAACCACAAGGUGAUUGUUGACAAGUUCAAUGACUUAAGGAGGAACGUGAGCCCAGCUGCUAGCAACAUGCUGAAGAUGGAAUGGGACCCUGACGUGGCAGCUAGUGCUCAGAAAUGGGCAAAUAAAUGUCAAAACACCAUCAGCCCUGAGGAAGAGAAGACUGUGACGGGUGUCCUCUGCGGGGAAACUAUAGCCCAAUCAUCUAGGCCUGUAUCAUGGAGUGCUGUGAUCCAACAUUGGUAUGAUCGUGUGAAAUAUUUCAAGUAUGGGGUUGGAGGAAUUGACGAAAAUGAAAGCUUUAAUACCUAUACUCAGGUAGUCUGGUAUAAUUCUUACCAGAUUGGAUGCGGCGUUGCUUAUUGUCCUAACAGUCAGUUUAAUUACUUCUACGUUUGCCACUACUGUCCUGCAGGGAAUAUUGUAGAGAACUUAGCUAGACCAUACAAAGCUGGACCAAAAUGUGGUGACUGUCCGGAUGCGUGUGAAAAUGGACUUUGCACCAACCCUUGCAGGUUCCACGAUACAGGCUCAGACUGCAGCACCUUAAAAGAUCUGUUUGGUUGCACUGAUAUGGUGAAAGAAAAGUGUCCAGCUACCUGCAAAUGCACCACUGAAAUAAAAUAAUAUUCUGCUGCAUCACUCGGUCUUCCUUGUGAUCAUCUUAUUUAGAAAAGAACAGAA